AAAAUGUAAUUUUAUUAUUAUUACAGCUUUUAUCACAGAGUUGAUGUUUCAUAAAUAAAUAUAUAAGUAAUCACUUUAGUAAUUUUAAUAAAUUUGAUAUUUUACAAAGUUGAGAACCAAAACUUAAAAAAAAAGUUUAAAAUGUGUCAGAUUAGAGAAACCCUGAAAUAAAUAGCAACAAAAUAUGGAAAAACAUGAAGGGAAGAUUAGGAUAUUAAAAAGUAACUUUGCUUUUCAUUUAAUAUUUCAAAUGCAGUUUGUGCACUAAUUCUACAGGAUGUGAGCACAAUGUUCUCUCUUUAAGGGAGGAAGGAUGGUUUUGUGGGUAAAGCAUAUGACUAGGAGUCAUAAGAUCUGGGUUCUAUUCCUGGCUCUCCCAUAGCCUUUAUAUGACAUUGAGCAAAGUCAUUUAACCUCUUUGUACCUACGUUUCCAUAUCUUUAAGGUGAAGAUAUUAUUACCUCAGAGGAAUGAUGUAAGACUAAAUUACAAUUUGGGAAGUGUGCCAAGAUCUUCAUUUGGAAGAUGUUAUAAAUGUAAAGUAUAUUAUUUGGUUGCAUGGAAAUGGAGAAACAGCCACUGGUUUGAAUACAGAAUUAGUAAUGGGAAACAUCAUCCGAAGUCCUCCACAGUCUUAUGACAUCAGGAAAUGUCACUCAAAUUUCUCUAUCUCCCUGUUUCUCAUUUGAAAACUGAAAUAAUUCUCUGUGACUGAGGUGUUAUAUUUGAAAAUGUAAGCUCUCUUAUCACUGUUUUCCUCCCCCUUCCCUUUUAUAAAGAAAUUAAGCUAUUUGAGCAACCCCAAUCACACACACACACUUAAAUGUGGUUUUAGUAAUUUCCUAGCUUGCAUACAUUACCAUGUCCAUUUAUUUUUAUAAUUAAAUCAGCUGACCAUUUGAUUCUUGUGUAUAAACAAGGGAAAAACACAAAAACAUUUUGGAAAAAGCAAAAGGCACAAUAAUUGAAUGCAGACUGAGGAGAUUAAAACAUCACAUACAAUGAACUACAGUAAAUGUUGCAUUUAUGAGAGUGUUUGUUUUCAUUACUGGGAAAUAUUUUACCUUGAUCAAACAUUACAAAUUGCAAUGGCAAGCAAAUCCUCAUCUUUGCAGCACACCUUGGCACCAGCAAAACUAGGGCGGUUUUAAAAAUCUAUCAAGCUAUAGGAUUAUGGUGUGUGUUAUUUUACUAGUCCUGCUGUUGCUGCCUAGGAGUUUCAGCUCUUCAGACUAAUCCAGUGCAGAAGCAGGGAUUUUGCAGCAUUAUGGGGGGAGGGAAGGGGAGUGACCUUAGAAUACCUUGGAGACAUAUUGAGUAAGUUUUAUAUAAACCAGGCAUGCUGUCCUGAGGUGACACUCACUGAAAAGCUAAGCAGGCUCCCAAUAACUAGAUGGAAAGCAAGAGGUCCCUUUACACCACAAGAUAAUUUAAGUAAAUUUCAUUUCUUACUGCAGUAUCCUAACCCAGUCCAGGCACCUUAAUCCUCAUUCUUCCCUCAGAAUGCCUCCCUCUCCCCCCUGUGCCUCCUUCCUCCCCCUACUUUUGUAGCCUCGCAGGGAAGUCCCAUUUUUCCACCCAGUAUCAUAUGGUUCCCCUGUCAGCCAUAGCCUACCAAGGAAAAGUGGGCGGGACCUGCCUCGCCCUUCUUUUCCUCCCAUCUCCACGAAAGACAUCCCCCUCCCACUGCCUCUUAACCAAACAUGCUCCCCAUCCGUUUCCUCCUCCCUUCCAAGGUCUCCCACUUAAAGGGUAUUUUGGAGUCUUCCCUCUGCUCCACCCCGGCUUUGCAAUGACAAGCGCGUCCCUGGCACCACUGCAAUCCCCCAGUAAAAGCUGCCCGGCACCUUCUCCCCACAGCCUCCCACUAGGACGGGUCCUGGCUUCCCCCAACCUGUGUCGCUCCUUCCCCCGCACGCUCUCCGAGUAUUGCAGCUUCCUCCGCCAUACACGGGACCCCGCCCCCGGCCAGCCCCAGCCACUGGAGCCGGCCCCAGCCACUGGAGCCCCCCCCCACCAGUGCGAGGCCCGAGCAUCCUUCCCCCGCAGCAGCCCCAGCUCCUGCACCGGCCAACGUUCCAUGGCUCGCGCCCCUCUCUCCGCGCUCCAGCCUCUAUCGAACCCCCGUCCGCCGAGAGCGCGGGAGGAGGGAGACAGGGGCCUGGCGGACAAUCUCCGCCCCGCAGGCAACCAACCAAACAGCCCCGGCGUCCAAGGCGAGGGGCGGAGCGGCUGAUGGCACUCGACGGUAGCGUCAGGUCCCUGCCGCGCGGGGCAGGCUGGGAAUUGUAGUUUCUCCUCUCCCAGCCGUAGCCAUUUUGUGGUGGAGGGAACUACAACUUUCCCAGAGCCCAAGGGAUUAUUCCAAGGGGGCACGCGGAGUUCCCGCGGCGCGUUGGCCGGCGAGGCCCGGUGCUGAUCGCCCGGCGGGGCCCGGCGCGUGGGAUGUGAGGGGACGAGCGGCUCGCGGGGCAGGAGGAUAAUUCAAGAGCUUUGCAGACAGGGCAAGGGGGGGGGGCGAGUGAGCGUGCCGCACGCUAGGGAUCAUCGCCCAAUUCACCCUCUCCGCUCCCUCUCAGGGGCCGCCGGCCACGGCUCGCCAGAGGCCGGGUUUGAAUGCGAAAGGGAGGCCGAGGUGUCUGACAUUUGCCCUGCAGGAGGCACUCCGCUGGGCGGGCGGCGGCUGCUGAAUGCAGCUCGGUGGGGGCGUGCGGCCGGGGGCCUGGGUGCGAAUUGAGGCCAAGCCCUAACCGAGAGAUUUAAAAAAAAAAAAAUUCAGGUCCAUUUAAAGUUGCUGCCGGAGCGCGGCUCUCAUUGGUUAGGGGAGAGCUGGAGGAGCAGGGACACACACAGUGCGUGCAGCCUUCACUGCUGCUGCGCUGCUGCUAGAGAAGCUGCUGCUGCUGGAGUUGUCUCUGCUGCUUUCCCUUGCUGCAGCAGCACAAACGUGACUUCCAACAUUUUUAUUUAUCUUCUCCUUUCAGUCCCUUUCCUUUUGCAAGAUGUAACUACAGCUCAGACACUAAGGACGUACAGAUCGCUUAGGUGGCUUGGGAAAGAGAAAAGGGGAUAUCAAGGGCGUCGUUUUUUGUGUUAGGGAGAAAAUUUCCAUUAUGAAUGUUUCUCCAAAGUGAUUUUUUUUUUGUUUGCUUCGCAUUCGUCCUUCUUUUUUUUCCAUUCCCCAUAUCUCGGAUUUAUUGGAAAGAAAAUCACCUUGUGAGGAAAGAAAGUCGGAUUACAAGAUACUACUACAAACAAAAACUGGAUUUGGGGGGGGUAUUUUAACAAAAAAUUGUUGCGGCUUUACUUCAUGAAGCAAUUGUCCCCUUUUGCAAUCAGAAUUUGGAUACCAGAAUGAGUAAAGAAAGACCCAAGAGGAAUAUAAUUCAAAAGAAAUACGAUGACAGUGAUGGGAUUCCAUGGUCAGAAGAGAGGGUGGUACGAAAGGUCCUUUAUUUAUCUCUAAAGGAAUUCAAAAAUGCACAGAAGAGGCAACAUGGUGACGGCAUCAAUGGGAGUCUCAAGACUGUGAAUGGACUUCUCACUAAUGGCCCAUCGAAGGGAUUAGGACCAGGAUCAGAACAGUCAGAGAACGAGAAGGACGAUGCAUCGCAAGUGUCCUCAACUAGCAAUGAUGUUAGUUCUUCAGAUUUUGAAGAAGGACCGUCAAGGAAAAGGCCAAGGCUGCAAGCACAAAGGAAGUUUGCUCAAUCCCAGCCAAACAGUCCCAGCACAACUCCAGUAAAGAUAGUGGAACCGUUGUUACCCCCUCCAGCUACUCAGAUUUCUGACCUCUCCAAAAGGAAGCCCAAGACAGAAGAUUUCCUUACAUUUCUCUGCCUUCGAGGUUCUCCAGCCCUGCCCAGCAACAUGGUUUAUUUUGGAAGCUCUCAGGACGAGGAGGAGGAUGAAGAAGAGGACGAGGAGACAGAGGAUACAAAGACAGCCACAAACAAUGCUUCAUCUUCAUGCCAGUCAACCCCCAGGAAAGGAAAAACACAUAAGCACGUUCCAAAUGGGCAUGUCUUCAGUGGGUCCAGCAAAUCAACGAAGGAAAAAGAAACUACCCAUAAACACAAAAGCAAAGAGACCACACCGGGGAAGGAGAGGAACAGUGAACACAAGGCUGAGAGCAGAAAAGACCAGGCUGCUGCUAAUCACCAUCCUACUACAAAUACUGGCUCCUCAGCGAAAGGGUUCACUGCUAACAACCACCACACUCUUCAUAGAUCGGCUCAGGACUUAAGGAAACAGGUUUCUAAGGUCAACGGAAUCACUCGAAUGUCAUCUCCAGGUGCAAAUGCAGCCAGUGCCAAAAAGAUGAGAGAAGUCAGACCUUCACCAUCCAAAACUGUGAAGUACACUGCAACAGUGACAAAGGGAACCGUCACAUACACCAAAGCCAAGAAAGAACUGGUCAAGGAAACCAAACUAAAUCACCACAAACCCAGUUCACCUGUUCACCAUACAAUCUCAGGGAAAACAGAAAGUAGCAAUGCAAAAACCCGCAAACAGGUGCUAUCCCUUGGAGCGUCCAAGUCUAACAAUAUCGCUGUUAAUGGUGUCAAGGUCAAUGGCAAGUUGAACCAAAAGGCAUGCACUAAGGAGGUGGGGAGACAGUUGAGGGAGGGGCUGCGCAAUUCUAAGAGGAGGCUGGAAGAGACAAAUCAUAUAGAGAAAAUACAGUCACCCACCAAGAAAAUGAAAGGGGCGGUCAGCUUGACAGAAGCUGCGAGCAAAAAGGCAGCUGUGGAAAAGCCCUUGCUGAAUGGACAUGUGAAAAAGGAAAUGCCAGAGAAGAUUCUGGAAAGAAAUAGGCCGAAAAGAGCCACUGCUGGAAAGAAUACUCCAGGGAAACAAGCACAUGGUAAAACUGAAAAUGCCUCCUGUGAAAAUCAUUCUACCUCUGAAACUGAGUCCUUGCACAAGCCACACGACUCAACAGGAAAGCACGAAAAGGGUAGUAGCAAGUCUGGGUGGGCAAUGAUGGAUGAGAUUCCCAUCCUUCGGCCCUCCACGAAGGAGUUCCAUGACCCGUUGAUAUACAUUGAGUCAGUCCGAGCUCAGGUAGAGAAGUAUGGGAUGUGUAGGGUGAUUCCUCCUGCAGACUGGAGACCUGAGUGCAAGCUGAAUGAUGAAAUGCGGUUUGUGACACAGAUUCAGCACAUACACAAGCUCAGCAGGCGCUGGGGACCCAACGUGCAGCGGCUGGCCUGCAUCAAGAAGCACCUCAAAUCUCAGGGCAUUACCAUGGAUGAGCUCCCACUCAUCGGAGGCUGUGAGCUAGAUUUGGCCUGCUUUUUCCAGCUGAUCAAUGAAAUGGGCGGCAUGCAGCAAGUGACUGACCUCAAGAAAUGGAACAAGCUGGCAGAUAUGCUACGAAUCCCCAGAACUGCGCAGGACAGGCUAGCAAAGCUGCAGGAAGCCUAUUGCCAGUACUUGCUCUCCUAUGACUCCCUCUCCUCUGAGGAGCACAAGAAACUAGAGAAGGAAGUCCUGCUGGAAAAGGAGAUCUUAGAGAAGAGGAAAGGUCCUUUGGAGGGACACUCAGAAAAUGCCUAUAAGUUCCAUUCCUUGCCCCGGUUCGAGCCCAAAAAUGGACUCAUCAAUGGCGUGGUUCACAAAAACGGCUUCCGUAACAAGUUGAAAGAAGUUGAUAUCCCAUUGAAAACAGGCAGGCGGCGACUCUUCGCUCAGGAAAAGGAGAUCGAGAAGGAGGAGGAGGAGAAGGGAGUUCUUAGCGACUUACAUAAGUGUAUAUACAAGGGUAGGUCUGUUUCUUUAACAACCUUUUACCGGACGGCAAGAAACAUCAUGAACAUGUGCUUCAGCAAGGAGCCUUCGGUAGCUGAAAUAGAGCAAGAGUACUGGAGGUUAGUGGAACAGAAGGAUUGCCAUGUAGCAGUGCACUGUGGGAAAGUGGAUACCAACACACAUGGGAGCGGCUUUCCUGUUGGAAAAUCUGAACCAUUCUCAAGGCAUGGGUGGAACCUUACAGUCCUUCCUAAUAAUACAGGAUCCAUCCUGCGACAUCUUGGUGCUGUGCCUGGAGUGACAAUUCCUUGGCUAAGUAUUGGCAUGGUCUUUUCUACCUCAUGCUGGUCUCGAGACCAAAAUCACCUUCCAUACAUUGACUACUUACACACUGGUGCUGAUUGCAUUUGGUAUUGCAUUCCUGCUGCGGAAGAGAACAAACUUGAUGAUGUGGUACAUACCCUGCUGCAAGCCAAUGGCACUCCAGGGCUGGAAAUGCUUGAAAGCAAUGUAAUGAUCUCCCCAGAGGUCUUGUGCAAAGAGGGGAUCAAGGUGCAUCGUACUGUACAGCAGAGUGGGCAGUUUGUGGUCUGUUUUCCAGGAUCCUUUGUGUCUAAAGUGUGUUGUGGCUACAGUGUUUCUGAAACAGUGCACUUUGCUACCACCCAGUGGACAAGUAUGGGUUUUAAAACUGCCAAGGAAAUGAAGCGGCGACGUAUAGCCAAACCGUUUUCAAUGGAAAAGUUGCUGUAUCAGAUUGCAACGGCAGAAGCAAAAAAGGAAAAUGGACCGACUCUCACUACAAUAUCAGCACUUCUUGGAGAGCUCAGGGACACAGAACUGAGGCAGCGGCGGCAGCUUUAUGAGGCAGGCCUCCAUUCUUCAGCCCGCUAUGGGAGCCACGACAGCAGUAGCUCGGGGGUGGAUGGAAAGAAAAAGCCUCGAAAGUGGUUGCAGUUAGAGACGUCGGAGAGGAGGUGUCAGAUUUGCCAGCACCUAUGUUACCUUUCUAUGGUCGUACAGGAGAAUGAAAAUGUUGUCUUCUGCCUGGAAUGUGCCCUCCGGCAUGUGGAAAAACAGAAGACGUGUCGGGGACUGAAAAUGAUGUAUCGUUAUGACGAGGAACAAAUAAUCAGUCUAGUCAAUCUCUGUGGGAAAGUCUCUGGUAAAAAUGGCAACAUCGAGAACUGUAUCAGCAAGCCUACACCAAAAAGAGGACCUCGUAAGAGAGCAACAGUCGACGUGCCAUCAUCUAGGCUUUCAUCCUCCAGUUCAUCCAAAAGUGCUUCAAGUUAAUCCUGAAGAUGCCAACACUCAUUUUGUCGAUUUAUAUAUAUUUUUUUGUAAUUAUUAUACCAUAGUUUGGAGUACUUGCUGUAGAAUACAAGCUGUCUUUGCACUAGCUCUAAAGAAGAUUUUCUUCUGGUUUUAGAGAACUAAUUUUGUUUUAGCAUUAAACUGUUGAAUUUUUUUUGUACUUAGAAUAGUUAUAUACAGCAGUCAAAUUUUUUUAAACUGCUGUAUGUUCACUGUUUUAAAACCGGCAAGGGGGCUGAUAAAAUAUUAAUUUGUACUGUCCCUAUGGCUGAAAAAAGCCUUUUUUGGUAACUGUGAAAAAAGGCUUUUAACCCAUUUUUGAAUAGGUUAAAGUUUGAUGUGUUUUAUAAUUUGUUCUCCAGUCAUGUGAGCAGAUUUUCUAGAGAGAAAAGGGAUAGGAACAAAACUUGAAAGAAAUUGCUUUACUUUUGGCUGUCUUUUAUUCUGUCACAGGCAAGAUGAGUUUUGUAAUUUUUUAAAUUGGAGAAUACACACUUUCUUUGGGAGGUUAUGGCAGCUGAAGAUGGACUUUGUUUCCUAACCAUAAGCAAAAUGAGGAGAUUCGGAGUAAAUAUGUUCUCUUUUACCAGCACAUCACUAUGCAUCUGUUUGAGGGAGGGUGGGGGGCGGGGUGGGUGUGGGGGAGAUGGAAAAAAAGACUGCCUGCCUUGAGGGAGUCAAAUGAGGGAAAACUGUGCCUGAUUUCAUUAGGAAAUCCAUUCUGUUAUUUUUUGGUGCUGUUGGCUACUUUAUCAAAAACCCUUCAAUAGCAUCCUUUAAAAAAUAAAAGUGAUUGAAGCCAUAAGUGCUUCUUUGUCAUAGAUGUGCAAUCUUUCUAACAUUCCAUUUCCAUUCCACUGCUGUUUUCCCCAUCUCUACACAGUCAGCAUUAAUUUUUUGUUUUGAAUUUUUCAUUAUAUGAUCACAUUUAGAGCCACUAGCAGGUCUGCAUAUUUCUUUUGAAUGUGAAAAUGCAUUUGCUCUCAUCUUGUCUAUUUUUUCUCUUCAUAGUGUAACAAAAAAAAAAAUCACAUCUUUUGUAUAUAUGCCUGUAAAUUGUUUUAAAUACUUGAGCCUUUUCUUGGGGUGGGGGGGUGGGGUGGUAUAGAGACAAGAUGAAGAAAAGCCUUACGUUUCACUUUCUUCAUCGGUUGGAUUGGAUGCUUACAGGGUUUUUCUUGUAACAUUUAUAAGUGCUGCUUACAUCACUGAACAACAACAAAAAAUAAUAAUGGAGUAGCUGUUGCCCUUUUCUGGUUGUGUGUACAGUAUGUGUGGAAUAAAAAAGGGAAAAUGUUUUCACAAACUGUUUUGUUUCAUAAUUGAAUUCAACAAUACCGUAGCUACCCAUAUUGCACUGAGCUUGCCAGUGGUGACUGUCAGGAAAGUCCUAUAAUACAAUUUGUUGGUUGUUGUUGCAGAAGACUGAACUGUUUUGGAAUAUUUAACAAUAACAUAAACAGAGUCAAGUGUUUUUUAAAUGUGGUUGUCUGGUUUUUAUGGCCUUGCUGUGUACUUUUCCCUCUUGACAGUAAACUUCUGACAAUGGCUUACAGUUUGACAUUUAAUUUAUUAGCGCUGCUCUGCUCUCUUUCCUUGUAAGGAAAGACUUCAUGUUGUUUAUUGCCAGUUUUUGUUUACUUUUCAGGUUUGUACUACAAGGUUUAAUAAAAACAAAACUUUUUUUGGA